CAGUUGUAAGGUUUUUAUUCUUUGUCUGUCUAGUGUCUAGACAGUAGACAGGAGUUUGAAGGAUAUCAACAAAGGAACUUGAAAAACAAAUUCGUUCUUUUCUCACCUUAUUGUGAUAAACUUUACGGAACUUAAAUAACACAUGCCAUAAACAAACAGUUUUCUUUCAUUCGAAGCGAUUCUUUUCGGUGUUAAAAAUGGAACAACGUCUUGAAAGCAGUGCAACAUUCCCAAUGUGGUUGAGUAGUUCACUCAAGUCAAGAGAGAAAACCUGUAACCAUUCCAUUACCAGUGGCUUGUCAAAACUUAAUGUUGAUCCUCAGAUAUCUUCCUCUCCAUCUGCUUCUCCUACUACUUCACCAGAAGAGCACUUUAAACAUGAAAAUCAUUCCCAACUUAUUCUGAACAAAAUGAAUCAGUACUAUCUUGGUGGACAACUAAAGGAUGUCAUAUUAAUAGCAGGAGAGAGAAGACUUGAAGCCCAUAGGAUAGUUCUAAGUGCUGCUUCUGAUUACUUUGCUGCCAUGUUCACCAAUGAUUUUGGAGAAUCCAAUCAAAAUGAAAUUGAACUACAAGGUGUGGAUCCAGAUGCUUUGGAAACUCUGGUCACCUACUGCUACACAGGCGGGGUAGAACUAGAAGAAGAUACUGUGGAAUGCCUGAUGGCUACCGCUUGUUUACUUCAGUUGCCGGAAGUGGUUGAAGCCUGUUCGACUUUUUUAAUACGCCAACUUCAUCCGUCCAACUGUCUCGGCAUUCGCUUAUUUGCCGAUAGCCAAAGCUGCACUCGCCUACUUCAAGUAGCUCAUGAUUACACUGCCGAUCACUUCAUAGAAGUAAUAGGAUGCCAAGAAUUUGUUUUACUUCCUGCUGACGAGAUAGCAAAAUUGUUGGCAUCUGAUGACCUAAACGUUCCAAAUGAGGAAUUGAUGUUUCAAGCGCUAAUGUUGUGGCUUCGCCAUGAUCUUCCCGAAAGAAAAAAAGAACUGCCCCAUCUAUUGUCUUUAAUUAAACUGCCUCUUAUCACGCCCGGGUUUAUUGCCGAUCAUGUCGAAAGCAAUCCUAUCUUUCGAGAAGAUCGUGUUUGCCAAGAACUUAUUGUAGAGGCGCUUAAGUAUCACUUGCUUCCUGAACGUCGAUCCACUCUUCAGUCACAGAGAACACGUCCUCGCAAAUCCACCGUGGGAUCAUUAUAUAUUGUAGGUGGUAUGGAUGCGUCGACCAAAGGACCAACAAGUGUGGAUAAAUUUUGCCUUCGUACCAAUUCCUGGUCAUCACCGACCGCGUCCAUGACUGGUAGAAGACUCCAGUUUGGUGUUGCAGUCGUUGACAAUAAAAUUUAUGUGGUCGGCGGACGUGAUGGACUUAAAACGUUGAGCACGGUUGAAUGCUGGGAUCCGUGGACCAAAGUAUGGAGCAGCAUGCCACCAAUGGCAACACAUCGCCACGGGCUUGGUGUAGCCAGUCUUGAAGGACCACUGUAUGCUGUCGGAGGCCAUGAUGGUUGGUCGUACUUGAACAGCGUUGAGCGUUGGGAUCCUGUCACACGCCAGUGGAGCUUUGUCGCACCAAUGAACAGUCAGCGUUCUACUGUGGGAGUAGCAGCACUUAACGGAAAGCUUUAUGCUGUGGGUGGUCGAGAUGGGAGCUCUUGUCUCCGUACAGUCGAGUCCUACGAUCCACACACUAAUCGCUGGACAUUGGUGGCUCCCAUGAGCAAAAAGCGGGGUGGAGUUGGUGUCGCUGUAGCACACGGAUAUCUUUAUGCGUUUGGUGGCCACGACGCGCCAGCUUCAAAUCCGUCAGCAGCACGAUUCGAUUGUGUCGAAAGAUAUGAUCCGGUAGCUGAUUGCUGGACGAUAGUAACUUCGAUGAAAAAUGGUCGCGAUGCUAUGGGUGUGGCUUUUAUGGGUGAUCGCCUGUUUAUCGUUGGUGGUUUCGAUGGCCAAGCUUAUCUGAACUUUGUCGAAGCAUAUGAUCCUCUCACAAAUCUAUGGCAACAGUUUGCUCCUCUACCGUCUGGACGCGCUGGAGCUUGCAUUGCUGUUGUCAGAGAUUCAGUCCCUCCAGUAGUCUAGCCGGAAGACACUGCCAACCCUGCUGCCUGAUAUUUUUUAGCUUUAGCGUAAUCUCGCUGAUUCGUGCGUGCUCUUUUCUGUUCUCUUUCGUUUUUUUUAAUCUCAAAACCGUUCUGUGAUUUUAAGUUUGAUCUGUUCGUCCUGUUUUCGAAGUAACGAAUCAGCGCUAUCUGGACAUUCCUAUCGAACGCUCUUUCUCCUAAUUUUGCGUCAAUGUCAAAAAAUGAGUAGUUGAUUACAACUUCAUAGGUCUUGUUCUUUUUCAGUUGAAAUCGUGCAAUUAUUUCACCAAGUAGAGUGUUGAUUGAACACGUCUAAUGUUAAGAGUCAAAUUAUUUUGGAAAUGCCCUUUAACGCGAAUUUUGUUUCUUUUUCACUCGGUUUUGUUUCGCUUUGCACCACUAAAGCAAUGUAUGGACCAAUUUCUUGUAUACAUUUGGUUGAAACCCA